GUUUCUCUCUCUAUGUCGUUUCCAUUGCUAGGUUUCUCCAAGUACCAUCAUCACUGAUUGCCCACUCCAUUUCCCCUCUCUCUCUCUCCUGAGAGGCGCGUAAAAUCUUUUGUCUUUCCCGCUCACGGUUCGGCUUGCGAUCCGUUGGUCUCUGUUCCUUCCUCUGUUUUAGAUCUAUUACGGCCCCUUGCUCUGCCUCUUCCGUCUAGUUCUUGUUCUUGUUCUUCCGCGAUCGCGAGAGUUUUCUUUUGGCUCCUGCUCGAGCGAGCUCGCGCUCUUCUUGACAGGGAAGGAAAAGGGGUUCGGAGAUCGGUGGGAAUAGGCCAUGGAAAUGCAGGAUGCGAGUGACAAGGGAUCGGAGUCGCCGGGCGUAGCUUCGUCGGAGGAGAGCCACGUGACGGAGACCAAGAAAACGUGUGCUGAUUGCGGCACCACCAAGACCCCUCUCUGGCGCGGCGGUCCAGCUGGCCCCAAGUCUCUGUGCAACGCGUGCGGGAUCAGGAGCAGGAAGAAGAGGAGGGACAUUCUGGGCAUAAGCAAAAAACCCGCAGAUGACAAGAAGCGCAAGAAGAUCAACCACAGCCCGAGUAACAACAGCAACGACGACAACAGAUUCGGCAAUUCGUUGAAGCAGAGGUUGUUGGCUCUUCUCGGAAGAGAAGUGAUGAUGCAGAAGAGAUCGGCGUCGUCAUCGUCGUCGUCGUCGACAUCGAGCCUCCAGAGGCAGAGGAAGAAGCUGGGCGAGGAAGAGCAGGCGGCUGUCCUGUUGAUGGCCCUGUCUUACGGCUCUGUUUAUGCUUAAAGGGUUGGGUAGUUGAGGAAAAAUAAAUAAAGAAAAAGAAGGGGAAAAAAAGAGAAAAGGGAAGGGAAAAAGAAUCAAGAAUGUCAAAUUUGGCAAAAAAGUUUUGGGGGGGCUUCUUUAGGCGCAAGUCUAAUUAAUGUUCUGGCGAGUUCUUGUAUUCUUUUGACCGUCUGUUUUGACCGAAAUUGAGAGGAAGGAGGAAGGAGAGAGAGAGAAUGAGAGAGGCCAACAAGUGUAAGCAGUGGAGGUGAUUUGAUGUCUGUUGUUUCUCUGUUUUGUGCUAACGUAAUAUAAGAGUUGUCCAUUCUCGAUUA